AUGGGCAGGCCAUCAGACCCCCCACCCAGCUACCGUGACGACCCCGAAGCAGUCUCCCUCCACACCACCCCCGACGACUACACCUACGAUGACGCGCCCGAAAUCUCGGGCCUCCCUCCCUCCUACACCGACAGCGAAGCAGGAAACAGCACCACCCCCUUACCAGAUAUCCCCAUCCGCCACAUCCCACCCCCAACCACACGAACCAACCACAACAGCCCGAGCUUCAAGCAUGGCAAACCCGUCGUCACAUCCACAAUAAACGUCCUAGAACCCCUCUACGACACCAACCCUUCCGACCUCGAAUCCGCCAUCCAAUCCUUCGCAAAAGUUGCCCCAGUCCCCCUCAUCUACAUAAUGGGCACACACAAGGAAACCGUAAAGAAGGGCGACAAGAAAGAAACCCAGCACAUCACCGACUUCCGCUUGGUAAUAAACCUCCAACGCUACCUCCGUCCCAACUUCAACGAUCACGACACCUCAACAAUGUCCCUCACCACGGUCGAAAACAGCGAGAAAACGCACCGCGGCACGAUCCUCAAAUGCAGAGCUCCAGGCUCCAAACAAGAUAUCGAAGUAGGCAGCGCACCGAAACCAAGCUUGACUGAGUGGUGCCAUAGAUACUGUGCUUCACCGCGUGCACUCCGUAUUUUCCGGUUGCGGCGCGUGGUAACGGGGCUGGAUGAAGUGUAUCUACGCAACAGAAUCGAAGGAGUGAUUCGAGCGACGAAUUACCGGGGAAAUAUUGCUGUGACGUUUCCUGUAGAGGACAAGAAUGUUGAUUUCUACACGAGCUCCAAAGUGAAUGCUUGGAGGCUUAAGAAUUGGGUGUGUUGGAUCUUUUACCUGACUUUUCUGUGGAUUUUCAGCUGGCCGGUGCUUUUCUUUGCGACGAGGAGAUAUGCUGUUGUCAAGGCUGAGUGGCCCUUUUCGACAGUAGAUAGUCAGAGGAUUAAAGAGUACACGACGGUUAGUGAGGAGGAAUGGGUUGCGAAGUGGCAGGUGGCUAUUAGGAGGUUGGUACUUGAUCGGUUUGAGGGGGAGGCGAAUGAGGAGAUGAUGAGAGGCGUCAUGGAGAGGGAUGCUGACCCGCCUAUGCCUGGGACGAUUCGGACGGGGCAUGCGGGUGUGGAUAGUGCGGUGGGGGUUUUGACGCAGGGAUUCCAGGUUGCGAGGGCCAUUUCGGGAGGUGAGGGAUUGGGUAGAGGAUUACAGGGUGGAUGGGGGUAUGAUUCUUGA